AUGGCUCCCCAGCUACAACCUCUAGCACGCAGUGAUUCCAAGACCAAAUUUUUCCAGCGGCUCGGACUAUCUUCCCAAGAUAGUUCUGACAAUCGUCUAUAUGAGUUGAUGAAAAAUGAGGCGAUCCAGGGACGAGAACGAAUCCUGAGUAGUCCAAACAGUCUGUUGCCCCAGCUGAGAGAUGAUCCUAAUGCAAGUAUACAACCACCGUAUUCUAAUGUCCAGAUCUGUGAAUCAGCAGUCCACAACGAGAUUUUGAGAAUCUAUCACGAGUCAAGCCCAGAAACCAAGUUCAUAUAUGAGAAAGGACAUGAUACAGAGAGCUUCAACGAAGAGAACUGGAUCAUACGAUGGAUGUUGUGUAAGCUUGAAUGA